AUGCAUUUUGUGAGAGAUUGUAGCUACACGACGCACAUUUGUAAACAGUGCAACCAGCAGGGUCAUAAGGACGGUUACUGCAGUUGUGUCCGCAAAGGUAGUAAGACCAAUUACAAGCAACCAUACCAGUCAAACACGAAGAAAAAGUCGGCCCAAUCAAAUCACAUACACUCGGUGAAUCAAAUAAAUCGUCGAAGGAAGUAUGUCACAACAACAAUCAACAAUCACAUCCUUAAACUGCAACUUGAUUGUGGCUCCGACAUAACGAUUAUAUCUGAGGAGGCAUGGGAAAGGUGCGGAUGUCCGGAUGUGCUAUCAGAACACAAAGCGAAUACUGCUUCUGGAGAACCGUUACCAAUUACCGGAGAGUUCCUUUGUACGAUGCAGAUCAACGGUGCUUCCAGAAAAGGAACUUGUUAUGUGACGUCGAUUGAAGGACUGAACCUGUUGGGAUUAGAUUUCAUCGAUGCUUUUGACCUGUGGAACCAACCUUUGACCAGCGUGUGUAAUCAGGUAAAUCGUCCCAAUUUAACUUAUCUCUGUUUAAACCGGUACAUUACUCGUUUCCCUGAAGUUUUCAGAGACGGCCUAGGACUGUGCAAGAAAACAAAAGUUAAGCUCUUCCUGAAACCGGACGCCCAACCAGUAUUUAAACAAAAACGACCAGUACCCUUUCAUGCCAUCGAGAAAGUUGAUGCCGAGCUGCUUCGCCUUCAGCAAUUAAAUAUCAUUGCCCCAGUGGACUACUCCGACUGGGCGGCUCCCAUAGUAGCAGUCAGUAAACCCGGAGGGAAGGGUUUCCGUAUACGUCCAGAAAAGUGCUCGAUCGGCAAUCUCGAAAUUAAGUAUCUCGGGUUCAUUAUUAAUUCCGAAGGCAUCAAACCUGAUCCCGAUAAAGUAGCUGCCAUUGACCAAAUGCCUGUACCAGCGGAUAUUAGUGCCCUUCGAUCUUUUUUAGGGGCUGCUAAUUUUUAUGGCAAAUUCGUGAAAGAAAUACACGUCAUUCGUCGGCCACUCGAUGACCUUCUAAAGAAAGACACUCCUUUUACCUGGGGUAAGAAGCAACAAGAAUCUUUCGAGACCAUUAAGAGCGUGUUACAGUCGGAUCUACUAUUAACGCACUACAAUCCCAACUUAGAACUGAUUGUAGCAGGUGACGCUUCAAAGAUGGGUAUCGGCGCAGUUGUUAUGCAUCGGUUCCCAGAUGGACGUAUCAAAGCAAUCGCUCACGCUUCAAAAACGCUUACUGUUACCGAACAAAACUAUAGCCAAGUGGAGAAAGAAGCGUAUGCCUUAGUUUUCGCCGUCACCAAAUUCCGUCGUAUGCUACUCGGGCGCAAAUUCAAACUCCAAACGGACCAUCAACCUUUACUCAAGAUUUUCGGAUCCAAAAAAGGAAUUCCCCUUCACACUGCUAAUCGUCUCCAACGAUGGGCUUUGUCCUUGCUUGGGUUCGAAUUUGAAAUUGAAUACAUUCCAACUGGCAAUUUCGGUUAUGUUGAUGUGCUGUCACGUCUAAUAAGCAAUCAUAAGAAACCUGAAGAAGAGGUCGUCAUCGCUACGAUCGGGGUAGAACAUGAAAUCACUGCGACUCUCGAAAAUAGCUUAUCAGCUCUACCAGUGAAUUUCAAAAUGAUACAGCAAGCCACAGCAACUGAUCCAACAUUGCAAGAAGCGAUGAUAUUAAUUGCAGUGGGUUGGCCUCACAGCAGCCUAAUCUCUGACCCUAAACUUAAAGCAUUAUACGGACGGCGUGAGAGUUUAUCUGUUGUGAAUGGAUGCAUUAUGAUGGAAGAGAGGUUGGUAGUUCCUGGCUCAUUCGGACAACGAAUCCUCAAGCAAAUUCACAGAGGCCACCAAGGAAUCGAGAGGAUGAAGGCAAUUGCUCGGAGCAUUGUGUACUGGCCUAAUAUUGACGACGAUAUUCAAGCAUACGUUCGCAAGUGCAGCAUUUGUGCCUCUGCUGCCAAAUCUCCACCACAUUUCCAGCCGCAACCGUGGCCUCGGGCUGAGGGACCAUGGAGGAGAAUUCACCUGGACUAUGCAGGUCCACUGCAAGGUUUGUUUUACCUAGUGAUCGUGGAUUCGUAUUCAAAAUGGCCAGAAAUUUUCGAGACUCGUUCAACUACAGCAGCCGUAACUAUCCGAUAUCUUAUGGAAACGUUUGCUCGCUUCGGAGUGCCCGAAACGAUUGUCUCCGAUAAUGGCUCACAGUUCUCCGGUUCUGAAUUUAAAACCAUGUGCCAGAAAUUGGGUAUAGUACACUUCCGCACUGCGCCUUACCACCCGCAGUCGAACGGACAAGCAGAACGAUUCGUAGACACGCUCAAACGAUCAUUGCGCAAGAUUAUGGAGGGAGAAGGAGUACCAAGUACGGAAGCCCUCCAAACAUUUCUACAAGUUUAUCGGUCCACACCAAGCGCCGUAUUAGAUGGUAAAUCUCCAGCACAAGAACUUUUCUGUCGUCCAAUGCGAACCACACUUGACUUGUUACGCCCCACAACACAAGAAGCACCAGUCAAAAAAAGCACUUCAAAUAAUUUUCAGAAAGACACUUUAGUGUAUUCUAAGGUUUACAACAGUGCAAAUAAGUGGUCCUGGGUUCCGGGUACGAUUAUCGAAUCAAUUGGCAACGUAAACUUCAACGUUCUGCUGUCGUAUCAUCACGGGCGUAAAAAGUUAAUUCGUGCACACUUAAAUCAAAUUCGUCCAAGGUACGAUGAAACAGCGCAAAAUUCGAAAGCCAAAUGGACUUUCGAUGUGUUGGUGGAUGAUUUUGGACUUAAUCAAGAAGUAAAUCCAGAGCCAGAGGUCGAAUCCGAAUUGUCAUUCCAAUCCGCAGUAGCAGAUCCACCUAUACCAGAUGCAGUACUACCACCAAUCCAGCCACAAGUUCAACGUCCAACCAGAAACAUCCGGUUACCGAAAAGGUUGGAAGACUUCGUCGUGGGAUGA